GGUGAAGGAAGCCAAGCCCGGCAGCCAGACCUUCUUAGCUCCCACAGCGAAUUCGCCUCUCGGCUUUCAAAGAUGGCAUUUCCUGGGCCUGGCACGAACUCCAGCGCCAAUAAAUCUAUCCUGUUCCGCGGGCAAUAUGGAAUGGUUUAUCAGGUGGGGAAACUGAGGCCCUGAAAAGGCUGUGGCACACUCCAGGGCACACAGGUUAUUCAACGAUAGUUAUGACCUCCCGAUUACGUGCGUUGGGUGGAAGAAUUAAUAAUAUACGCACCUCAGAAUUACCCAAAGAGAAAACUCGAUCCGAAGUUGUCUGCAGCAUCCGCUUUUUAGAUGGCUCGGUCCAGACCUUUAAAGUUAAUAAACAAGAUACCGGACAAAUUCUUCUGGAUAUGGCAUACAACCACUUGUGCGUGAGCGAAAAGGAGUAUUUUGGUUUGCAGCAUGGCAAUGAAUCCGUGGACUCCCCCAGAUGGCUGGAAUCAAGCAAACCCAUCAGGAAGCAGUUAAAAGGAGGUUUCCCCUGUACCCUGCAUUUUCGAGUAAGAUUUUUUAUACCUGAUCCCAACACACUGCAGCAAGAACAAACCAGGCAUUUGUAUUUCUUACAACUGAAGAUGGAUAUUUGUGAAGGAAGGUUGACCUGCCCUCUUAACUCAGCGGUGGUCCUAGCCUCCUAUGCAGUACAAUCUCAUUUUGGAGACUAUGAUUCUUCCAUUCAUCAUCCAGGCUAUCUCUCGGAUAGUCAGUUCAUACCAGAUCAGAACGAUGACUUUUUAACGAAGGUGGAAUCUCUCCAUGAGCAGCACAGUGGGCUGAAGCAAUCGGAAGCUGAGUCUUGCUUCAUCAACAUAGCACGGACCCUCGACUUCUAUGGAGUGGAACUGCACGGCGGCCGGGAUCUGCACAAUUUAGAUUUAAUGAUUGGAAUUGCUUCCGGGGGCAUUGCUGUCUACCGAAAAUAUAUUUGCACAAGUUUCUAUCCUUGGGUGAACAUCCUAAAGAUUUCUUUCAAACGGAAAAAGUUCUUUAUACAUCAGCGCCAAAAACAGGCUGAAUCCAGGGAUCAUAUUGUGGCCUUCAACAUGUUAAAUUACCGAUCUUGCAAAAACUUGUGGAAAUCCUGUGUCGAGCACCAUACAUUCUUUCAGGCAAAGAAGCUACUACCUCAGGAGAAGAAUGCUCUGACUCAGUACUGGACGCUGGGCUCUAGGAACCCCAAAAAGUCUGUAAAUAACCAGUAUUGCAAAAAGGUGAUUGGAGGGAUGGUCUGGAACCCAGCCAUGCGGAGAUCCAUAUCCGUGGAGCAUUUAGAAACCAAGAGCCUGCCUUCUCGGUCCCCUCCUAUUACUCCCAACUGGCGAAGUCCUCGGCUCCGGCAUGAAAUCCGAAAGCCACGGCACUCUUCCGCGGACAACCUCGCCAACGAAAUGACAUACAUUACCGAAACCGAGGAUGUGUUUUAUACCUACAAGGGCUCCCUCUCCCCAAAAGACAGCGAUUCCGAGGUUUCUCAGAACCAAAGCCCACACCAAGAGAGUGUGUCCGAGAACAAUCCAGCACAAAGCUGCCUGACCCGGACGUCAUCCAGUUCUGUGUCUCCGUCCUCCAACGCUCCAGGCUCCUGCUCGCCCGAUGGCGUGGAUCAGCAGUUCUUAGAGGACUUCAACAGGGUGACCAAAGGGGGCUCCACCGAGGACUCCAGCCAGUACUACUGUGACAAGAACGAUAAUGGGGAUGGCUACUUAGUCUUGAUCCGUAUCACGCCAGAUGAAGAUGGGAAGUUUGGAUUUAAUCUAAAGGGAGGAGUAGAUCAAAAGAUGCCUCUCGUGGUAUCGAGGAUAAACCCAGAGUCGCCUGCGGACACCUGCAUUCCUAAGCUGAACGAAGGGGAUCAAAUCGUGUUAAUCAACGGCCGGGACAUCUCAGAACACACCCAUGACCAAGUGGUGAUGUUCAUCAAAGCCAGCCGGGAGUCCCACACCAGGGAGCUGGCCCUGGUGAUCCGGAGGAAAGCCGUCCACGCCUUUGCUGAUAUCAAAUCUGAAGAUGAACUGAACCAGCUUUUCCCAGAGGCCAUUUUCCCCGUGUGUCCAGAGGGUGCGGACACAUUGGAGGGCUCCAUGGAACAGCUCAGGAAGGGCCUUGAAAGUGGGACGGUGCUGAUCCAGUUCGAGCAACUCUACAGAAAGAAGCCCGGUUUGGCCAUCACGUUUGCAAAGCUGCCUCAGAAUUUGGACAAAAACCGCUAUAAAGAUGUGUUGCCUUAUGACACCACCCGGGUAUUAUUGCAGGGAAAUGAAGAUUAUAUUAAUGCAAGUUACGUGAACAUGGAAAUUCCUGCUGCUAACCUUGUGAACAAGUACAUUGCCACUCAGGGACCCCUGCCACAUACCUGUGCACAGUUCUGGCAAGUUGUCUGGGAUCAGAAGUUAUCACUCAUCGUCAUGUUGACGACUCUCACGGAGCGAGGGCGGACCAAGUGUCACCAGUACUGGCCCGAUCCCCCUGAUGUCGCAGAACACGGCAGCUUUCACAUCCGCUGUCAGUCGGAGGACUGCACCAUUGCCUACGUGUUCCGCGAAAUGCUGGUCACCAACACCGAGACCGGAGAAGAGCACACUGUGACCCACCUCCAGUAUGUCGCGUGGCCUGACCACGGCGUGCCCGAUGACUCCUCAGACUUUCUGGAAUUUGUAAACUACGUGAGGUCCCUGAGAGUGGACACAGAGCCCGUCUUGGUGCACUGCAGCGCUGGAAUAGGUCGAACCGGUGUCUUGGUCACCAUGGAAACAGCCAUGUGCCUGAUUGAGAGAAACCUGCCCGUUUACCCGCUGGAUAUUGUCCGAAAGAUGCGAGACCAGCGCGCCAUGAUGGUGCAGACAUCAAGCCAGUACAAGUUUGUGUGCGAAGCGAUUCUUCGUGUUUAUGAAGAAGGCUUAGUCCAAAUGCUGGAUCCAAGUUAGGACAACUGUGAAAACGUUCAUUCCUCUUUCCAAGGGCAUCCUCCUUAUGGACAGACCUUCUCUCUGGAAGCAGCAAGAGGAAUCUGUAGGCUGUGGUGUGGGAAAGGACGGGGCACAUUUGAACCCAGGCACUUUAAACUUCUUUAAAAAGGUAUCGUGUACAUAGGAACUGUGUAGAUACGCAUGCAAGAGAGCAUCGUUUAGGCUCAUUGUUCCUCUUGCAGAGAGAAAUACGCAAAAGGGGAUCCCAGUGUGGGGCCUGUCCUAAUGCCUUCCUCUCUAGACUUCACCGUGAUCUUGUAAACCAUCCCUGGGCAAUUGAGAGGGGGCACCAGCAGCACUGUUGACCUCCCAGAAGCAAGACGGCAUGGCAGUUUCGAGUUGCGUGGAUGCUUUGUAUGUAUCAUGUGUACAGGACUCUACGAGCCAAGCUUUCUGUGUGCUUCUAGACCGAGCAGGAACAGUGGCAGUCGCCUGCCCCGAUGCUGAGGAAACCUGAUGAAUGUACCCAACGCAGGGGGGGCGGGCUUUCCGGCUGAAGGAUGAGCAGCACCUCUCCUGUCCUCCCUUCCUUUGUCCCAUCUCCGCCCCCGACAUUCACGUUUCUGAGGGUCGUGUCCCAAAUACCCCACUUUCCGCUGCAUUAGUGGCCCUCUUCAGGUUCACACGCAGCACCUGAACCAGGUUAGUAAGGUAGGGUCAGGUAAGGGUCAGGUGUGUUUUGAGCCGAGACCCUGAGAACAAGGACGUCGGCUGUUGUCCUGACUUGCGUGCUCUAGUUGUAGGAGCAGGUGCUGCUCAGCUCUGCCCGCCUCUGGCCACCGCUCGCUGCCUCUCGCUGUGCGCUCAGCACCCAAGACUGGAAUCAUCAACUACUGAAUCUACUACAUGGAUUGCUGCUACUUCAAGCUCUUACACUUGAAACAUUAUGAUUUUCCUGAGGGGGAGAUGAGAUAUCAUCUAAAUAUUCAGAAUCUUUGGCCCUUCUGAGAAAAGGUCUUCUAGCCACUGAACCAUGGAAAACCCAGCUUCUGGAGGGCUGUCUGUGGGUGUGGGUCAAUGUGUGUGUGCCCAUGGGUGAGUGUUUCUCAGGAUUCCUAACUUGAUUUAAAUAACAGUGGAGUGUAUAGAAAGAACAAAUGUGCGUAUUCGCCCUCGGUUAUGUGGUCUUCAUUUCAUUUCAAAGGAGAGGAUCAGACUAUCUGAAUAUAAACGCAAUUUGAUGUUAAUUUAUUCUAAGUACACCAUGAUUCUGACUGUCCUAAAGAAUUCUGCCUUUGUUAAUACUGUGUUAAAUUUUUAAAAAAUUUGUGACAGGAUUGUAGCAAAUUAUAUAAGGAAAAUAAAUUACCAAAAAAACCCUUUAUUGUGGCAUAUUUAAAUAAAAGUUUUUACAUAUCCAGAAGAGGAAGCUAAGGCAAUUUCUUAACAGGAUUUGUAGAAAAGGGAUGCUUUCAUAUUACAGCACACAGAAGUGAAGCCAUUUUGAUGUUUAAGCGAACUCUAGAGCAAUUGAGUAGUUUUCUGGUUGCAACAGGAGUAAAGACCUUUAUCUCCAGGCCUAGUCCAUUUACUUGCAUACUGCCCAUCUUUUCCCCACCAAUGGCGAACUGCUAAGUGUCAGGGGUGGGAGGGAGGGGUUCUGUAGUGCUAUACCCCUGUACUGUGCGACGGUGGCCACCUGAGCCCCAUCCUUGUUGGCCUUUGUGCCAGGCCAGCAGAAGGAAGCAGGAGAGGAGAGAGAAGCAGCAGCAAGUUUGGUUCCUGGUUCCACUCGUCAGUAAUGCGCCCUCAGCCUAGUCACUUAGGAGCACUCUCUCUGUUUCCUCAUCUGCACAACAGGAGAAAUAAUACCGAAGACUUAAAGUUGAAUGUGAGGACUGACUACAGUGCUAUUGAUGUGACUUUGCAUCAGAUGGAGUCUGACACUGCUGUGGAUGAAUCGCUUGGAAAAGUUCGCUUACCUGUGAUUAGCCCAUGAAACCCAUGAAACAGAAGUAGAAUCAUAUGGGUUUUUAUAAGAGAAAGUUGCUUUUCUUCUGGAGAGAACAGAAACACAAAGGAAUAUCAUACCAGUACCUUUGUUCAACCAGGACUCAGAAAAAUUUUCUCCUUGAAACACCAAAAGAGAGGGGACGGCGGAAAAGCUGGUGUAAAUUCAUAUGCCACCAGGAUACUUAGCAAAUCAUUGCCAUUUGGUAAAAGCACAUCAUUGCCCUGUCUGCAAAGUUCUUGAGAAGUCUAAAUGUGUUUGCAGAUUUGUACUUAUUGUUUUUUUAAAAAUUGUUUAAUACGAUUGCAGAGAUGUUGCUGUUAUUAUGACAUAAAUUUCCAAGAAGCUCACCGAAGGUUACAACUAGCCUUUUUCUGCCUCUGCUCAAGGCAGUAGUUCAGACCCAGCAGAUGUUACCAGGAAUAAAAUUCAUGAAAUAUUGAGGACGAACAAGACAAGAGAAUUAUCUCAAAGAGCAAACAUAUGCAAGUAAAUACUACAGAUACCACCGAUUAAAUUCUGUAACUCAAGAUUUCUGCUUUACCACCUUACACACUUAAGCAAUUAUACUUAAGAAGCCUUUUUAUAGUUCUAAGUGAAGAACAUCAAAAUCAGGAUAAAUAUUUUGCCUAGGAAAUCUGGCUGGGAAUGAACGGAGAAGACAUUUGCAUCCUGCACUCUGGCGCUCUCCAGAAGAUCUAAUUUAGAUGCAUCUAUGUGCUGGCUUAAUCGAGAUGGGCGAUCCCUUCUGGCAUCUCCUGUUAGAACCUGCGCUUGGUGUUUUGACCUUCCAGAAAAAAAAUAUUUAACUCCAUUCGGUUAGGGGUGAUGUGGGUGGUAGGGGAGCAUGGAUUACAAACUUGUGCUGGUCUUUAAUUCCUGCCACAGUAGUUUAUAGCUGUCUAUGCUUGUAGAUUAGUGUAGAUGGUAUUGCUGCUAUGUUGCUACUGGACUUUGUUUUUGUUGCUCAGAAGUUACCAUUUGAGUGCAAGCAGCAGGCCUCUUCAUCCCCCAGAAGCGGCCAAGAGGCAGCAUCAAUGGGGAAAGGUCGUAAGAGGCAAGGUCUUCGGUUUAGACCCAGGCUUAGGCAAGAUGCGUUGCCCUCAGCCUCCGUUUCUUCAUGCAAAAGGGCAAGGUUGGGCUGGACUAGAUGAGUUCUUGGUUCUUUCAACAUUUACCGUCCUAGGAGUCUGUAUUCCAGAGAUUUGAAAUUAAUUCUAAAUUAAAACUUCUGGAGAGAGAUGUAUCACAUUUCUGUGACUUGUCCCCAAGAGAUUGUCCCUCGAACCUUGGCAUGGUUGACUGCAAAGACGAGGAUUGCCACCUCUGCUUCUUGCCAUCCUUGCCAUCCUCAACCGAGGACAGACUCGGGAGAGAUGGCAAAAACUCUGACCUCAGCCUGAGGACCCGAAUGCGUGGGCUUCCGAUGGCCGGACUGCCUGCCGUCUUUAGAACUCACGUUUUGCUUGGAGCAACAAAGGAUUUGUGUUACGUAGUUUUGAAAGGUGUCCUAACUGAUCAGCAAUAUUUUUUUUUCUGUAAAUUUGGAAUGUUUUUCAUUCAGAUCUGUUCUGCCAGUGACUACUGAAAACAAUUUGAUCAUUAUAUAAAAACAUUUAAGC